AUGGUUGGCUUUUAUGGCGCACGAAAUGACAUUUCAGAGUCCACCAUGGCGGCGACCAUAACUACGAUAACGCCUCCAAAUGUGUCAUACAUACAGAUGGACUCACUUGUUAUUAUGAAAAUCGUCAAACACGUGGAUAGCGAGCUUUAUGCUGGAAUGAGUGAGGUAGCUGGUGAAGCUUGCCAAGGUCUCUUGACAGGGCUUGUAUCUGUGGAGAAAGAUGACAGUCGCCUAGAGAUCACUAACUGUCUAUCCCUAGACCGAAGCGAUGAAAACGCAGCUCAGGCUAAUCAGAUGUACGAGGAACUUAAACAGCAAGAAAUGUUGGACAUGUUGAGGAAAUUCAGAAAUAUGAAUAUUGACUACGAAUUGGUAGGAUUCUAUCAAGCGCAUCCAUUCGGCGCAUGUUUCUCUCAGGAUCUUGUGGAUUCGAUGUUCGACUAUCAGAGCAAUGGACCCGAUGGCGUAGUUAUCAUUUACGAUCCUGUAAAAACGCGGCAGGGACAACUUUGUUUGCGUGCUUACCGUUUGUCUGUUCCUGCUCUUGAACUUUGUGCCAAAAACGAC